GGUGCUUCCAGCCGCGGCAAUCUCCCAAAAUGCGUACCACUUCCGUCGAACGCCAUGGCAUCAGAGAAGAAAUUGAUCAACCCAAUGAGGGAAAUCAAGGUCCAGAAGCUCGUCCUGAACAUCUCCGUUGGAGAGAGCGGUGAUCGUCUCACCAGAGCUGCGAAGGUGUUGGAGCAACUCAGCGGUCAGACCCCAGUUUUCUCAAAGGCCAGGUAUACUGUGAGGUCCUUUGGUAUAAGACGUAAUGAAAAGAUUGCAUGCUAUGUCACAGUCAGGGGUGACAAGGCAAUGCAACUCCUCGAGAGUGGGUUGAAGGUGAAGGAAUAUGAGCUGCUUCGUAAGAACUUCAGCAAUACAGGGUGCUUUGGAUUUGGUAUUCGGGAGCACAUUGAUCUUGGAAUCAAGUAUGACCCUUCAACCGGUAUUUAUGGUAUGGAUUUCUUUGUUGUCUUGGAACGACCCGGCUUCCGUGUAGCACGUCGACGUAGGUGCAAGGCCCGUGAGGGAAUCCAACAUCGUGUCACUAAAGAUGAUGCAAUGAAGUGGUUCCAGGACAAAUAUGAAGGUGUUAUACUCAACAAGUCCUCCAACGUUCAAUCUUUGUU